UGGGUUGUCUGUUCUGAUCUGGACACUUGAAGCUGAUCCCAGAUAAUUCUCAAUGAAUGUGAAUGACGCACCUCUGCGUGGAUUUCCCUACAGCCAAUGAUUGGGUGCCAGUCCAGCUCUCCCUGUAUGGAAAGGAGCCGGAAACUGGUUUGUGUUUGAAUGACCAGACACCUGUUCACACACACACACACACAUACUACUUUGUCUCUUCGCCUGCCCGUCUGCUGCUGCUGCUCCCUACCCAAUGGAUUACGGAAAACCCUUAGUUAAAGGGGGCAAGGCCGAGGGGCUGAGUGGCGGUACCACUUCGGUCAAGAUGCCCAUGCCUAGUGGGGCUGUUACCGGCGCCUGGGUGAAUGGGCACUCGGAGUGGCAGCGAGGAGCGGCGGCUCAGUGGCAGGAGGAGCGGACCCGCAGCAUCGAGGACAACCAGCUGAACCUGCCGAGUCUGGAAGCCGCCUAUUCCUCGAUCCUGAAGGGACUUGGCGAGGACCCAGAGCGACAGGGUCUCCUCAAAACGCCGUGGAGAGCCGCCACUGCCAUGCAGUUCUUUACCAAAGGUUACCAGGAAAAGAUAUCAGAUAUUUUAAAUGAUGCCAUAUUUGAUGAAGACCACGAUGAGAUGGUGAUAGUGAAGGACAUUGACAUGUUUUCAAUGUGUGAACACCACUUAGUUCCAUUUAUUGGAAAGGUGCAUAUAGGUUAUCUACCUGAAAAACGACUCCUUGGUCUCAGCAAGCUAGCCAGAAUUGUUGAAAUUUACAGUAGGAGACUCCAAGUACAAGAGCGUCUCACCAAACAAAUUGCGAAAGCGAUCACAGAAGCCUUACAGCCUGCAGGUGUGGGAGUGGUGAUUGAAGCCACGCACAUGUGUAUGGUGAUGAGGGGAGUGCAAAAGAUGAACAGUAAAACUGUAACCAGCACCAUGUUAGGUGUUUUCCGGGAAGACCCGAAGACCCGUGAGGAGUUUCUAACUCUUAUUAAGAACUGAACACUGAUUGAAACUCUGCUUUUAGAUGUUCAAUAUAUGUUUUAAUUGUUAUUACUUGUAUUUGUUAAAUGUCUAGAUGUAGGAUUCAGACUUACAAAAAUAUGAACCUGUUAAUAGUAAAGGAUAAUGUAUGUUGGGUUAUGUCAAUAUACUGUAACAAAGUCACCGUUCUUAGUGUUUAAUAUUUGAGUGUCUUAGAAUUCUCAAAAAGAUACAUGAUAGUUUCAUAGAUUUAGAUGUCUUGUAACCAAUAGGUUGUUAUUUAAUGGAAUCUAGCAGAGGUCUACUCAGAAUAUUUAUACAAAUUUACACAUUUUAGUUUUUAACUAAAAAACAAAAAAAGUACUUUUUCCUCUGUGUACCAGCCAGUUGAAUGAGGAAAUAUCACUGAAUGAGGAAAUAGUACUGAAUUUUCACUGAAACAUUUCAUCCUUUGCACCAAUAUGUAGUCUCCUUGUUGCACAUAUUUUUAAAAUUUACUUUUCUAAGUAGCAUCAAGCAGUGCUUCUGAAGACUUGAAGUAAAUGUCAUGGUGGUAGAAUUUAGUGGUGUCUGAAGAAAACUGCAUAGUUCUUCUCCACAUGACAGUUAUUUAUACAGAGUUUGUGUAGAAUUCUGACUUCAUUCCAUUGACAAAUUAGGUUCAACAGAAGAAGUUAAAUCUUUUCAAUAUUAUUGUAUGCUUCAGAGUUGAGAACUGCUAGGAUGAAGCAAAAGGAAAAAGGAUGUCAAUCUGGCCACCAUAUUUUAUAAAUACAGAUUGACUCAAAAGUUAGGGGAAUUAAUGUGUUCUUAAUGUUUUUGUCUCUAAUGUUUGAUCUAGAGGAUAAUUCCAUGCAUUGGUAACUGUGGGUCUUGUGUCUCUUUCAUGCCUCUGCAGCCAGAAGAGGAUAUAGUGCUCAAGGAUGUGGUCUGACUACUGAUUGAAUAAGCUUUCCUUUAACUUGCCUAUUAUACUGUUUGUUUUAUAUUGACUUUGCUUAGAAAUUAACCUAGAAAUGCUUUGACCAAUUUGCGAUCAUUUGUAUAUUCAACAGUUGUCAUAGUCCUGUGACUGCCUGAAUCACACAUAGACACUUUUUAUUCAACCUUUCAGAUGUUAUGGUUGGACUUUAUCUCUGGGUCAGAAGGCCUGGGUUCAUGACACUACCAUUGCACUAAGAGCCCCCACAGUCCAUUCACACACCUAUUAAUCACCUAACUCUAAUCCCUCUGAUCCCUAAUACAUUUCAUAGACAAUUACUUUAAAUCUCUCAACCACUGGCAACAGUCUGCAUUGUCCACUCAUGAUUUUAGACACCACUAUCAAAUCACCUCACUCUGUUAUAAUGAACAGGAGUCCAGGUUUUCAGAUUUUUCUAGAGCUUUUUUAAUUUCCUCAUUCUGGGUGGCAUUUUCCACACCCUUCCUGGAGUAUGAAUUUCUGAAUUGUAUACAUGACUGAAGCUGUGUAAGUCUUAUCUCGACUUACCAUUUUAAUUUUUACAUUUACAUCUUACUCUAAA